AAAAACUUCCAGCUGAGGGUGCCAAAGAUUCCCUCGAUUCUUCCCUAAAGGUUAAAAUAUGCAUAAUCAACCAUGUUUUACAUUUCAAUCCUCUCACCCUUAAUUUAUCUCCCCCACCUCGCUUUUCCUUCCAUUCCCACUCUCUUUGCUAUUCACUAGAGCAAAAACAAGAGAGAAAUUAAGCCAAUACGCAUACAUAUAUAUAGCAGGAUGAUGCUCGGAAAACGCUCACGUCAGCCGAUCAAGAGGACGACAAGCAUGACGGGCAUCACCGUCGAUGUCGUCGACCACCACCAAGACCCAAUCAUAUCCCAUCCUCCCCCUCAAAUCCACCCUUUGCAUGAAUCCCCCGACGCUAACUCCCGUUACGAUCAACGCUUCUUGGCCAUGGUGUCGCCCAGAAACCCAGCUUCUUUUACUAGCCAUGUCAUCGACAGCGGCACCACUGCCGCUGCUCCUUUUUUGCGAGCUUGUUGGCUUUGUAAUCGCCGCUUAGCUCCUGGUCGUGACAUAUAUAUGUAUAGGGGGGAUACAGCGUUUUGUAGUCAAGAGUGUAGAGAAAAACAGAUGAAGCAAGAUGAAAGAAAAGAAAAGUUAAACGGCUAGAGUUGUUUGAACCAAAUUCUAAGAGAUUAUUUAAAGAAGACCGCCAUGCCCAUUCCUCUUCAACCACCACCUCCUCCAAGACUUCUAAAGCGAAGCUUGUGAUUGCUGCUUGAACUUUGAAGAAAGUAGAUGAAUGAGUAAUUUCGAUAGGAAUUAAGCCAAAAUCCAAACCCAGCCAGCCUCAGUAGAAGAAGAGUAGAAAUCAAUGGGCUUUCGUCAUAUAUAAUCGUGGGUGCAGUUAAAUUAUUAUAAAGAAGUGGAUGGUGAUGCAAAUAGCCAAAGCUUUGAGGUUCUUAUAUAUGGAUUCCAAUGUUAUAACACUUUCUUAUAUAGUUUCCUUUUUU